ACCUCAACUUCUGGCAUUGCCGAAACAUGCUUGCAACAUCUUUUUCCGUCGUCACUCUCACCACUACCAAUUUCUCUGUUGAAAGCAUUUCCUCGUUGUCGCGCCACGUCAAACUCCAAUCUACAGUAUCCUUCGCCACCGCCAGAUGGACGGAGAAGCAACAACAACAACAACACAGGCAUGUUUCGGAUCUGAGCCUUCACCAUAUGGCUUCAUGCACGACGUUGUAUGAGAUUUUGGGAAUUCGUGUCACUACGUCCGACGAGGAAAUAAAGGCGGCAUAUCGACGACUGGCGAGGGUCUACCACCCUGACGUGGCACCAGCGGAGCGAAAGGAAUCCUUUACGGGUGAGUUCAUGAAGAUACACACUGCGUACCGUACACUGUCAGAUCCUGAGAAGCGUGCCAACUAUGAUAGAAGCUUGAUCCGACGCCACCAGAAACCGCUCACAAUGUCAUCAUCAUCGUUGUGGGGGUUUUCCGGAUACACUAGUCACAAGUGGGAAACAGACCAAUGUUGGUAACGAGUUAACUCAUUCAAGUGAGCCCACACCACAAUGAAUUGGAUCUUACAGGGUACUUAUUGAAUGUUAUUUGUUUUUUUAGUUUAAUGAUCAUGCACAUGUUAGUGCUAUUGAUUGUGGUAAAACUAUUUUAUAUUAUUUAUUUAUAGUUUUUUUUUUAUUCCCAUAAACUUUGUACCUUGGGAUUUUAGAAGUUG